AUGUCUAACGAUACUUCCACAAACGCAGUGGUGACACCGGUGUCUCCCGUCACUCCCAAGAUGAGUGGACUGGCCUUGACUGAGUACACCGCCGCCCCGACGCCCCCCUCCGAACGCGCAGACCAGAUUCCCGGAUUGCCCCCCAAUUGGGGAAUUCCUGAAGCCUUCCUGCUCCCCAAUGGCUACCCAGACUAUCUGCGAUUGAUUCUUACCUCGCGAGUGUACGAUGUCAUUGAGGAGACCCCCCUCACCCAUGCGGUCAACCUCAGCAACCGGCUGGAGAGCCGAGUCCUGCUCAAGCGGGAGGAUCUGCUCCCGGUGUUCAGCUUCAAGCUCCGUGGCGCAUACAACAAGAUGGCUCACUUGAACAAUGAGCAGCGGUGGAAGGGUGUCAUUGCUUGCUCUGCGGGAAACCACGCACAGGGUGUGGCUUACUCGGCUCGCAAGCUCAGAAUCCCCGCGACUAUCGUCAUGCCUUCUGGCACCCCGGCUAUUAAACACUUGAACGUCGCCCGCCUGGGCGGAAGCGUCGUUCUCCACGGACAAGAUUUCGAUUCCGCCAAGGAGGAGGCUCACCGAUUGGAGAAGCAGCAUGGUCUCACCAACAUCCCGCCAUUCGACGACCCCUAUGUCAUUGCUGGCCAAGGUACUAUUGGAAUGGAGCUUCUGCGUCAGGCCAACCUGGAUAAGCUGGAAGCUGUCUUCUGUGCUGUCGGUGGCGGUGGUCUCAUUGCUGGAGUCGGUGUUUACCUCAAGCGCAUUGCACCCCAGGUCAAGGUCAUCGGUGUGGAGGCUUACGAUGCCAACGCGAUGACUCAGUCCUUGGAUACCGGCAGCCGGGUCUUCCUCAAGGAGGUUGGUCUGUUCGCGGACGGCGCAGCUGUCAAGACCGUCGGCGAGGAAACUUGGCGUCUCAGCCGCGACGUGAUUGACGAUGUCAUCCAAGUCUCCACCGAUGAGACCUGCGCGGCUAUUAAGGAUGCCUUUGAGGAUACCCGUUCCAUCAUCGAGCCUGCCGGUGCUCUUGCACUUGCUGGUCUGAAGAAGUACAUUUUGAAGAACCCCAGCCCCGACCCCAACCGCGAGCUCAUCGCUAUCACCUCCGGUGCCAACAUGGACUUUGAUCGUCUGCGCUUCGUCGCCGAGCGUGCCGCCCUGGGUGAGAAGAAGGAGGCUCUCCUGUCCGUUAGAAUUCCCGAGAAGCCUGGUGCAUUUGCCAAGCUUGUUGAGGCUGUGCUUCCUCACGCCGUGACUGCCUUCAACUACCGCUACGCCCGCGAGGAUUCCGCAGAUGUACUGAUGGGUAUCUCCCUCUCUGCCUCCACGGGCCGUGAGGAUCUCGCCAAGCUCAUGGACGAGCUUCAAAAGGAAGGCAUGGUCUGCCGGGAUCUGAGUGAUGAUGAGCUUGCCAAGCGUCACUUGCGCUUCCUUGUCGGCGGUCGCUGCGAGGUCGCUGACGAGCGUGUCUUCAUGUUCGAGUUCCCCGAGCGUCCCGGUGCUCUAGCCAAGUUCCUCACCACCCUUCGUCCCAACCAGAAUAUCUCUCUGUUCCACUACCGUAACUACGGUGGUGAUGUUGGCAAGGUUCUGGCUGGAAUUCAGUGCCCGUCUCCCGAGAAGGAGGACCUGGAGCACUUCCUCCAGGAUCUGGGCUACCCCUUCAGCGAGCACACUGAUUCUCCCACCUAUAAGACUUUCCUACGUUCUGAAUAA